CUUCUGUCACAAAAAGUUGUCAAAUGUUUGUUUUGAUUUUUCAAAUACGGAAUACAUAAAUAAAAUUAUUCGGAAUGUCGGUGGUGAAAACUUGCCCUGGUUUGUAUUGUGGGCGGACUGAUAUGGGAAAUGGUGUGUGGAGUGAAUGUGGUGCUUGCCCCCGAGGGUUUCGUACAAAUGACACCAGUUACUGUACUCCAUGUACGGAAGAACCCUCCCUUUACGAUUGGCAGUAUUUAGGAUUCAUGGUGCUUUUACCUUUGGUAUUGCACUGGUUCUUUAUUGAUAUGGUAGCGAUCGGCAAAAGUAAAACCGGUGUAAUAGCACAGCAUGUCUGUGCAUUCACUGAGGUUGUGACGGGCACCCUAGCAGCAUUGCUGGUACUACCUCCAACGGGCUCAAUAGCAUUGUUUGUAUGCACUCCUAAAGCACUCUCUGAUUGGUACACUCUUCUCCACAAUCCACAACCUGAUUAUAAGGAAACCCUGCAUUGUACACAAGAGGCAGUUUAUCCUUUGUACACAAUAGUUUUACUGAUAUACGCAUUCAGUUUAUUGAUGACAAUUUUAUUAAGGCCGUGGAUUUUAACUUGGUACACUUUGAAUCCAGGAAAGAAAGCUAUUUACUGCGCUUUAUAUUUUUACCCAAUACUUGUUCUCAUACACACAGUUGCUGCUGGUUUAAUAUAUUGUUCCUUCCCUUACAUAGUGAUUAUAAUAUCUAUGAUGACAUCCGCAUCUCAUUUCUCAAUCAAACUGGACCAAUCAGCACCUGCAUUACUAAAAUCAUCAAUUUCUAAUACUAGAAACCUUGUCAUAUUAAUCGGACACUGGCUGGUACACGCUUACGGUAUAUUAUCUCUAACUGGUUUCAAGGAAUUAUGGUAUUUAUCUCUUGUACCAGCUCCGGCAUUAUUUUAUAUCCUAACAGCUCAGUUCACUGACCCUAUGAAGUUACACAAUGAUUGACAGAUACAGUGCUCAUAUGUAAAGCCAAUAUUGAACUGACAUAUACUAUAGGAUUCAAUUUUUCACACGGCAUAAGGUCAUCGACUGCGCAGUUCAGAAUUGCAUUCUACACAACCAUUCAUGUGAUGUUGUGAUGUUAAGGUGACUUAUACCUGUACAAUUGAACCAGGUUAAGCGAGAGUCCAAGAGAUUAGAUAUUUUCCUUGCUUUUAGAUGUUUUCCUCUAACCUGAGUUUCUCGCUUUUGGAAGUUGUCUUUUAGGUACAACACUUAUAGAGGUGUCCCGCUUAUUCAAGUUAUAUUGUAUUUGAUUUAAAGUAUGUAGGAAAUUCUGUAUUUUUGCCUGAUCUGCCUAUUUAUUUUCAUUCUAGUUUUGUGGUUUGUAAGAUCUAGAAAUAUUGCAGUGUCUUAAGAGGAGAUUUUGAGCUAAUUUUUAUGGUACAUUGUUUAUUUUUGUUACUAUUCUAAAAAUAAUAAAAUUGUG